CAGCACAGGUAGCCCCGCCCCCAGGCACGCAGACUGUGUGCACUUCCGGGAUGCUGGCAGGAGGUGAGGCACUUCCGGCAGUGAGCUCCGUGGCCGGAUGACGUGGCUGAGCGGCCGCUGAGGAGGCGGCGGGUGUCGGUAGCAGGGGCAGCAUCUACAGCGGGAGGAGGAGCAGGAGGACGGAUCACCGAGGGAGCCCCCGAGACAUAUCCGACGUGUGCACCGAGCCGCCAGGACAAGAUGUGGCCCCUCAGGCUGGUGCUGCUGUGUGUGUCCGCGCUGUGCGCCUGGGCGGAUGAGCAUGAGCACACGUAUAAUGAUAAAGAAGAGGUGGUUUUAUGGAUGAACACAGUAGGGCCAUACCACAAUAGGCAGGAGACAUACAAGUAUUUCUCCCUGCCGUUCUGUGUUGGAACAAAGAAAAGUAUUAGCCACUAUCACGAAACUUUAGGAGAAGCUCUUCAAGGAGUUGAAUUAGAGUUUAGCGGUUUAGAUAUUAAAUUUAAAGAUGAUGUCAUGCAAUCUACUUAUUGUGACAUUGAAUUGGACAAAGCAAAGCGAGAUGCAUUUGUAUAUGCAAUAAAAAAUCACUACUGGUACCAGAUGUACAUAGAUGAUUUACCGAUAUGGGGUAUUGUUGGUGAAGCCGACGAAAAUGGAGAAGAUUACUUUCUAUGGACAUAUAAAAAGCUUGAAAUUGGAUAUAAUGGGAACCGUAUUGUGGAUGUAAAUCUUACGAGUGAAGGAAAAGUCAAGCUUGUCCCAAACACAAAGGUCCCAAUGUCCUACUCUGUUAAAUGGAAAAAAUCUGACGUCCGGUUUGAAGAUCGAUUUGAUAAGUACCUUGACCCUUCGUUUUUCCAACACAGGAUACACUGGUUUUCAAUCUUCAAUUCUUUUAUGAUGGUUAUUUUCUUGGUUGGAUUGGUGUCCAUGAUUUUAAUGAGAACCUUGAGAAAAGAUUAUGCACGGUAUAGCAAGGAAGAGGAAAUGGAUGAUAUGGACCGGGAUCUAGGAGAUGAAUAUGGUUGGAAACAGGUCCAUGGAGAUGUGUUCAGACCGUCAAGUCACCCACUGAUCUUUUCAUCCCUCAUUGGAUCAGGGUUUCAGAUCUUUGCAGUCUCUCUUAUUGUAAUUAUUGUAGCCAUGAUUGAGGAUUUAUAUACAGAGAGAGGCUCAAUGCUCAGCACUGCUAUAUUUGUGUAUGCUGCAACAUCACCAGUCAAUGGGUACUUUGGAGGAAGCCUUUAUGCCAGGCAAGGAGGCCGGCGGUGGAUAAAGCAAAUGUUCAUUGGAGCUUUCCUAAUCCCAGCAAUGGUUUGUGGGACCGCUUUCUUCAUCAACUUCAUUGCCAUCUAUUACCAUGCUUCCAGAGCAAUCCCUUUUGGGACAAUGGUUGCUGUGUGCUGCAUUUGUUUCUUUGUGAUCCUUCCAUUGAACCUGGUGGGGACAAUACUUGGUCGAAAUUUGGCAGGACAACCCAACUUCCCCUGUCGCGUCAAUGCAGUUCCUCGGCCCAUCCCUGAGAAAAAGUGGUUCAUGGAGCCGGCUGUCAUUGUGUGCCUAGGCGGAAUACUACCAUUUGGAUCCAUUUUUAUUGAAAUGUAUUUCAUUUUUACUUCGUUCUGGGCUUACAAGAUCUACUAUGUGUAUGGCUUUAUGAUGUUGGUUCUGGUCAUCCUGUGCAUUGUGACUGUCUGUGUAACCAUUGUAUGUACAUACUUCCUACUAAAUGCAGAAGAUUACCGGUGGCAAUGGACAAGUUUUCUCUCUGCUGCUUCCACUGCCAUCUAUGUUUACAUGUACUCAUUUUACUAUUACUUUUUCAAAACAAAAAUGUAUGGAUUGUUUCAAACAUCGUUUUACUUUGGAUAUAUGGCAGUAUUUAGCACCACCUUGGGAAUUAUGUGCGGAGCAAUCGGUUACAUGGGAACAAGUGCCUUUGUUCGGAAAAUCUACACUAAUGUGAAAAUUGACUGAGGGAUCCAGCAGGAAUAGGAACUGUGGAUCAUUUACUACUUUUUUUUCUCCUGGGGUUGGGGGUGAAACCUGCACAUUAGUGCCAGAAGAGAUUGGGUUUUAACACUGGGUACUGUGUUGGUCUCCGUUCUGUGGAUGGCUUAAAAUGGCCUCUAUUUCAUUGAUCCUAGUUUUCUUACAGACUGCUUUUUCCAACCGGUAACAGCAUAAUGCUUGGAUUAUACGCAGUAAGCAUUACUACAGUACACGGCUAAUCUUCCCAAAACAAAAAAGCUAGCACAUAAAAGAUGAAUAGACUAGCUCUCUUCAGUGAAGAGGACUCACAGUUUAUUUAAUGCAUUUGUUCCAUUCAAUAAAUAAGAGUGAAGCUUGGCAGCUCAAACUAGGUGAUUAGUAGUCUUCUUGGUACAUUAUGAAACUAAGAUUGCUGUUCCAGGAAACCUCCUCUUCUCUAAUUUCGGUCGCCACUUUAGAAAUGUAUGUUUAUAUUUUCACUGUGGGUGUUGUGACGGUUUGCUGUGUCCAGUUCACCCGCACCUGUUUUAUUUUCUUGAAAGAGAAAGAAACAAAUGGAAAAAUCUGCAUGUAAUAUAGGCUUUCUAUAUAUUUGGACCAAUUUCAAACGUAUUUAUCUCUGAAAGACGAAAAUGAAACUGCAUUUUAAGAAUCCAUCCAAAGAGAGCUGAAAACAACUGUUCUCGGCACUGCAAUGUAAUGUAAAGUGCAAAGAAAAUGUUAAAUUAAUAGAAUUUUUGUUUUUAUGAUCCAUUUUAACAGAAAUCCUAUAGUAACCCCUUUCUUCCAAUGUUGAUCUUUUUGUUUAUUUGUUUAGAAUGUUUUUUUAUUUUAUUAUUCAAUUGGGUUUCAAUGAAGGCUUUACUUAAAAUAUGAAAGGGGAAAUUUGUAUAUAACAUUAAAUAAUGUAAUCUAGGUUUAGAUCCCAAUUGUAUUUGGAUGUACAGGUUUAUUACGGAGUCCUUUUUUUUUAUUAAUUUUUUUUUUUCUGUGAUGUUUCAAUGUACAAAAUCUGUGGCGUCUGGUGGCUCUUCACAUCUUGCCUGCCAUUGCAUGAGACAUUAUUGUUGGGUUUUUCUUUUCUCUUCCCGUUUUUAUUUUUCUUCAUGUGUGUAUGUUGGGCCUUUAUGUUCCCUCUUCGCUCUGAAGCUCUUACACAAAAAAAAGUCAGAUUUGUAAUUUAGAACAUUUACAUUUUUUGUUAAUCUUGUCUGGACACUUGUGUAACAUCUGAAGCAUUGUGGCUUUAGAGUGUUCAGAAAACUGAAAUAAAAUUUUCAGAAAAAAAUAACGUUCUGGAAUCCAAUCCUUGUUUUUAUUUUUGGAUGUAAUUUCAGCCUUGGAAACAGCCAGAUUCUAUUGCAUUUGUCCUCACGACACAAUGGCUGUGCUUUGCAGUGCGGCACUUUAUGUUCUAGUGAACAAAAGGUGGCAAACUUAGAACACAUUGUUUAUGUAUAAUUUUUUUAUGUUAGAGAUGUGCACUGAUGUAUUCAAAAUGAUAACAAUGCUGAAAACUUUUGUUUCUUUUAACCUUUUAUGUAUAGUUGAUUGAAUACCGUAUAAGGAUAUGUGCAGAUCAGGAAAUAAAGUGAUAUUAUGCCAGUGA